GCGCUCACCAUCGCUCGAGAUCGUACGUGUAAGGCGCUUUGUGUCGUUUGGAAUGUUCAACUCACGCAAUCAACGGUCCAAAACCACAACUUUUCUAUCCCAACAUUUCAACUUAAUCAUUGCUAUAAAUUAUUGUCCAUUGUUUUGUCGUUCUGCACUGCUUCAUUAUUUACACAUGUGGAAACCAAAGAGAGACCUGAAGGAAGACCAUAUCAAAUGAGGAAUCAGGAACGUAAAGUAACCGGUUCAUGGCGAAGAUGGAAGAGCGCGCCUAUGUUAGAGAUGGCAGCGUUAGGCGAGGAACAAUCAAGGUUGGAGGGACAAAAGGAAGUGAAACAGCACUUAAAAAGAUCAGAGUAGAAUCUGCACAGCUGAGAGAGGAAACUAACCUCCUCCUCCAGCAUAACUUUACGGGUAGGCUGAAGGCAUAAUCUAACUUCCGCGGCUCCAUCUAAAAUAUUGCUAACAAUUAAUAGAUUUAAAUCAGUCUAUAAGUUGAUAUUUUCAAGUGUCAUAGCUAAAUUUUUUUUUUUUGAACAACUUGAAAUUAUUUACAGGGUUAAUUGGAAGAAAGAGAAUCCGUGAAAACAGGGUUAAUUGGGAGAAAAAAAAUCUGUGAAAUUCGAACGUACAACUUACCGAAAGUGAACAGUUUUAAUCCAGGUUCAAUGUAACUGACCCUCAAGUGUUAUAGCUAAAUAUUUAUUAAAAAAAUUAAAAAGUCAAUAUUUAUGUUAUCAAAACACUUUAAUGUAUGACCAUAGCCACACGCAAACAAUACAUGUUCCAUCAAAUGCUUGAGAGAGUAUAAAUGUGUUGAUAGGGG